AUGGCCAGUCGGCCACCCGGUUCCCAGGCUGACGACCAGGACCAGCAGCCCAGCUCCUCAGGGCGCCCCCCGGACGUGACCGUCUAUGAAGACAGCCCAGGACCGGCCGGUGAGGGAGCUGGCGCCAGAAGGCAUUUCACAGGCUCCACCGGUAAGGAGGAAAGGGCACAGGGGGGGAAGGAGCAGCUGGACCAGAGUCGGGCUGGGGCUGCGUGGUCACCAGUGGCUGAAUUCCCUAGACGAGAGCGUCACGCUCCAGUCUCUUCUCCUUCCUCAGCCCCCUCGGCCGCUUGCAGCUCCCCGCCUCAGCGCCCCGGCCGUAAGAGGAAGAGGCCAGCGGCGUUCCGAGCGGAGGUGGACGGCGCCCCGGCCGCUGAGGCCCAGGACGCCUGGGUCGUGGAGUCGCUGAGCGGGCUCAAGAUGAAGCUGAAGCGACAGCGGGUGUUUUCAGUGCUGCCUGAGCACCACGAGGUCUUCAACAGGCUGCUCGAGGAUCCCGUCGUGAAGAAAUUCCUGGCCUGGGACAAAAAGCUGGAAGUCUCUGACAAGUAUCUGCUGUCCAUGGUGAUCGCCUACUUUAGCCGGGCCGGGCUCUUCUCCUGGCAAUACCAGAGAAUCCAUUUCUUCAUCGCUCUCUACGUGGCCAGCGACAUGGAGGAGGACAACCAGGCCCCCAAACAGGCCAUCUUUUCGUUCCUCUAUGGAAAGAACCGCUCCCAGCGUCCCCUGUUCCACAGACUGCGUCUGCAGUUCAUCCGUUCCAUGGGCUGGAGGACGAGGGUCACUCGGGAAGAGUGCGAGCAGGUGGGGGGCCUGUGGCGGUCGUCGGGGGGGGAGGGCUGCGAGGAGAUCCAGGCUUUUGAUCCAGAGCUCUGGGUGUGGGGAAGAGACCGCACCCUCCUGCCCUAG